UAUAGAAAAGCAAGCUGCACGUUCGCCAAGGUAACGCUUCAAAGCAUGUCUCGAAAAAUGUCUCGAAAUAGUACAUCGGAUGUGCGAGAUGAAAUGUGGAAUGCCAGACAACCUCUAACAAAUUGUGCGGACGCCGAUGCUUCUCCGCGCUCCGAGCGUUUCAUCUUCGGUCCAGAAUGGCACUUGCUUAACUGACAUACGAGGAUUGAGAAAUAAACAGUCCCGACGAAGGGAAUAUAAACCGAAUCGACAAAUAUGAACGCUACUUUACUUAAAAAACGAAAGCUGGACUGUAUGUAUGCGCUGUUGUUAUGGCUCCAUACGGCGGUGUGGAUGUGGUGUUCAGCGGCCGAAGAGCAUCAUUUCAGCGUUGAGGCGUGGUUACAGAGGUAUGGCUACCUCCACCAUACACAACCUAACAUGGCUGUCCUGAGAUCAGCCCAUACCAUGCACUCUGCUAUUGCGACCAUGCAGCACAAGUAUGGACUCAAUGUCACAGGGACUCUAAACAAGGAGACUAUAGAUUGGAUGAAGAAGCCUAGAUGUGGGGUACCUGACCAUCUUAAAGGUGUGUCUGGAUCCCGCAGGCAGAAGCGCUAUGCACUAACUGGACAGAAGUGGCAACGCACACACAUCACAUACAGCAUUAAAAACGUCACCCCUAAAGUGGGCGCACGAGAAACGCAUGAGGCCAUUCGCCGGGCAUUCGACGUAUGGCAAGGCGUUACACCGCUACGCUUUGAAGCCGUCCCCUACAGCGCUCUGGAGAGUGGCAAACGCGAUGUGGACAUUACCAUCAUCUUUGCCUCUGGUUUCCAUGGUGACAGCUCUCCGUUCGAUGGAGAAGGAGGCUUUCUGGCACAUGCUUAUUUCCCAGGGCCAGGCAUAGGGGGCGACACACACUUCGACUCUGAUGAACCUUGGACGCUGGGCAACCCAAACCAUGAUGGUGAGAGAACAGCAGGCAAUGACCUGUUCCUUGUGGCGGUCCAUGAGCUUGGUCAUGCCUUGGGACUGGAACAUUCAAAUGAUCCUACCGCUAUAAUGGCUCCAUUCUAUCAGUACAUGGACACUGACACCUUCAAACUGCCCCAUGAUGAUCUGCAGGGCAUCCAGAAAAUAUAUGGGCCUCCAGACAAAAACCCUCAGCCAACUAGAUUGCUCACGACUGCUACACCACCACGCCUGCUCCCUCCAUCUGACCCUCGAAAACAUGACCGCCAGGGUCGCCCUCAUCGACCCCCACAGAAGUCAAAACCGGCCCACCCCAACUCCAAACCCAAUAUCUGUGACGGAGGCUUCAACACUUUGGCAAUCCUGCGACAGGAGCUGUUUGUCUUCAAGGAUCAGUGGUUCUGGAGGGUGCGUGAUAAUUCUGUGGUGCCUGGAUACCCAAUGCAAAUCAGUUACUUCUGGAGAGGUCUGCCACCUAAGAUUGAUGCUGUCUAUGAAAACAGUGAGGGGAAGUUCGUCUUUUUCAAAGGGAACCGGUUCUGGGUGUUUAAGGAUACGACUCUACAGCCCACAUAUCCACAGGACAUUUCUCUUUUUGGCAGUGGAAUGCCCACACAGAGCAUCGAGACAGCUGUUUGGUGGGAAGAUGUGGCCAAAACCUACUUCUUCAAAGGGGAUAGGUACUGGAGAUACAAUGAGGACAUGAGGACCAUGGACCCUGGAUACCCAAAACCUAUUACUGUCUGGAAGGGCAUCCCAGACUCUCCACAGGGAGCCUUUGUGGACAAAGCGAAUGGCUUCACAUACUUCUACAAGGGCAAAGAGUACUGGAAGUUCAACAAUCAGCGGCUGAGGGUGGAGCCAGGCUACCCCAGGUCCAUCCUGAGGGAUUUCAUGGGCUGUGACGGCUUGCCGACGGACCCCGACUGGGACUGGAGUCCUCCACAGGAAGAGGAACCACCGCAGUAUGACCAUGAUGAUGUUGACAUUGUGCUGAAGCUGGAGAGCAGCGGUGGUGCUGAGAAAGCAGUGGCCAUCUCUAUCCCCUGCGUCCUUGCCCUCUGCAUGAUGGUGCUGCUGUACACCGUGUUCCGCUUCAAGAGGAAGGACACCCAGCGCCACAUACUGUACUGCAAGCGAUCCAUGCAGGAGUGGGUCUGAGAAACAAGGGUCCGACUGCCACUGCAAAAACUCUUUACAUCUUAAAAAUCCCCUUAAAGGUACAGGGUUCAAGUAAUUGGCUCCCUCUUGAGGCGUCGAGUCUGGAGUUUGUGUUUGUCGGUAUUUGUUGGCAAAUGACAAGGACGACAUGAACAAACAACACGCCAACUUUCUCUUCCCUGUGUCAGAUUUUGUAGGUGGCAGUGUGUCUUUUUUUUAUGGUUCUGGACCUCUGUGUGGCUUUGGGCGACCAUUUUUUGUCCUCUGCAGGGGUGAACUGUUACUCUACAAAUCAUAAUUAUUGACUUUUCAACUGACUAGAGAAUUAUUUAUCUCUGAACUACUGAUCUCGAUACUCACUUGUGUCUCUCUCCGAAAUACUUGCUUGUGUUGAAAAACUGAUACCCAAACCAAAUAUGCCCUUAGUGUCCAAAGAGGAUUUCUUCAUUCACAUCACUGGAUAUUCUGAGAUGACCAACUUACCGAUUAUUAUUUGAGUUCCAUUCAGCUGCAAUCAUCUUCAGGAUAUAUGGGACCUAUCUGCUUUGAAACCAGAAAAAACAUGACAUAUAACAUUGGGGCUACCUGCAAUAUUUUGUCGAAUGCCUUAAUCAUAUACAGUACUGAGUUUAUUUUUGUGUAUUUGUGUACAUGUGCCUGUGUGAAUGUGACCUUUUCCAUGACUCUAGGUGGAUUUUUUCACCGCUCUUUAGAUGCACUGCUGACUGACAGAAAUGUGCAGUAAGAAGUGCCACUGACUGUUCAAAAGUUGAAUUGAAACCAAGUGUAUAGCUGCCAUCCGCAUUCUUUAUGUCUGCAUUUUCCCAUUCUUCAAGCUGCAGCAUUGAAAAUGUAACUUUUGGUUAAGUGCUUCCAAUCAAAUUCUAAAGAAUUUAUUAAACAGAAGAAUGCUUUUUAGCAUAAAUUCUUAAUGAACCUUCCUGUUGAGCUCAAGAAACAAUAAAAUAUCAACACAAUACCAUAGAAUGUUAUACUACUGUAUAUAAGAACCAGUGACAUUAGCAUAGUUUGCAAUGCAGUUAUUUUUUAUUUUUUUAUUUUUUUUUGGCAAAAUUAGCAUUUCCUGAUGGAAUUAUCAGUGCUUACAAGGCAGCAAAAUACUAGUGUUUAAGUUUUAGGCAAGGUUAAGUUUUAGGCUUUGGUUCUGUAUAAAGAAAAUGCUGCUUCAGAGCUGCAUGUCUCAUUUUUUGUCAGCUGUGCACAAAAACACAGAAUGCAACACUUGGUUAAAUUGACCUUUGUAAGGUUAGACGCCAUAUGCUGUAUAAUUGGACACAAAUGAAUACAAGGAUUUAUAUAUAUAUAUAUAUAUAUAUAUAUAUAUAUAUAUAUAUAUAUAUAUAUGUAUAUAAAUCUUUUUUUAUUUAUUUUUUUCAAAUGACAACACUGAUUGGCUGAUGGGACCACAAGAACAUGCACAGUCCCAAGCCCUUCACUAGGGUUACCAACUGUACCGUAUUAGCUAGGAUGAUUUUGAAUGGUGAUUUUGAAAAAAAUGCAUAUCAGUCACUGAACUCACCAAAUGUUACUGUUUAAUAUUCCUUUUGAGUGUAUUUUGGAAGUGGAGUAAUGUGUUAUUGUCACAUGCCUUGUUUUGCUCUCUCUUUUUUUUAUUAAUCUCAUUCUAAAGGCUUAUAAAGGACUGUGGUGUUUUUCGCCAUAUCAUCAGCAUCUUCCAGUUGCACAUGAAUCUCCAUCUGUAAGCUGGUAUUUUCAUCAUUAACAGAAGAAUAUGCCCCGUUCUACCUUUGAGGUGUCUGUGUAUUGGAUGUGUAUCUGAACAUGCUGUAUAUAUAUAUCAUGUAUAGUGUCUUUACUAUGGAUACGAAAGGUAAAUUAUGCAGUACAUCAAUAAUAAGAUAUUAUCUAUUAUCAGAUGUGCCAUGCAAAUCAUUCUUGUGAACUCUAAGGAGGAAAUGUUAACAAAAUGUUCCAGGCAACCAUAAGACAAAAACAUGUAAUUUAUCACUGAGAUCCAUUAAAGGUUGUUUGGAUGAUAUAAUUAAACAAUUAUAUAUUAAAUAACAUAUUGUGUUUCUAAUAUCACAACUUUAUUUU